UAAUAUUUACAAGUGCAAUUCAAAUUAUACAACGCAGCUACAGUUACGGUGCUGAAAGGCGUUUCUAUUGCUCCCAUUCCCUCUUCAAACAAAAUAACUUGUCUCUGCGUUUCCGUGAAAGCUAAAAACAAAUCGACAGUGAGAAACUCGGUCGGAUUAAUAAGCCAAUUGGAAAAGCGCUUUUUCAAAAAGCACGGCGCCACUCGAAUUGCGAAAGAAAUGGCACCCUUGAAAUCUCUGGAGGCAGAGCACCCAGUAAUCGACUCCAAUUUCCAGACCUUUUGCGCCUCCCAUGGCAUCUUCUCAGUGGAAGAAUUCCUCAUUCAUGACCUCGAUGAAUUAGCAGGUGCUGCUCAGCAACAUCCCACAUGUGAAAAGCUAAAGCAGCAGGGAAUCACUGAGGUCCUCUCUACCAUUGAUUCUCAGCACCAGCCAUGGUUGAAUGGUAUGGAGCUUUUAGAUGAUGUUUUGCAUAACAAACAUGUAUUAUCAACUGGGUGUGAAGGGAUUGAUUUGUUACUCGGAGGCGGAUUGCGUGAGGGACAGGUAACUGAACUUGUUGGUCCGUCUACCUCUGGUAAAACCCAAGUUUGCCUACUAUCUGCUGCAAAUGUUGCAACGAAGCACAUGGGUACUGUUGUCUACCUGGACACAGGAAACUCGUUCUCACCUGAACGAAUUGUGCAUUUUGUUGGUGAUAUCUCUAACCAUGCCUUUGAUCAGGCUGGACAAAGAGUUUUUCAGAAAGUAAUGAACAACAUUUUAUGCCAUCAUGUGUUUGACAUUUUUACAAUGUUCAAUCUCUUACACCAGCUAGAGUUCAGUUUGCCAUCUCAGUUCCAGAUGCAGAAAGGAGAGCAGGUGCGGUUGCUUAUUGUUGAUUCGAUCUCUUCACUAAUCACCCCGAUUCUUGGGAACAGUGGUUCACAGGGUAUAUAUCAUUGGCGUGCUUUGAUGAUAUCUGCUGGAUAUCUGUUAAAGAAGUUAGCACACGAGCAUAAUCUUGCAGUACUGGUGACCAAUCACACGGUGGGUGGGGAGAAAGGUAUUCCAAAACCAGCUCUUGGACAGACCUGGAAGAGCAUUCCACAUGUGAGGCUUCUGCUUUCCGGUGAUCAGGGAAAUAGUACCCGGACUAUUUCUGUGCUAAGACACUCAUCUAUGGCUUCUGGCAAGUCUACAAGGUUUACAAUUUAGGAGUGCACGGUAGAUUUAACUUAUACUUGCCGCUCCUACACGAAAAGGUAGGAAGAGUGGAUCAUGUAGAUAACUGAAGGUGCUCUAUACGAAGAUACUGUUAACAAAUUUAAGAAGAGUGCUUUCUUUAUAAGUUCGAGAUUCUGAGAUUUGGGAUAGAUUUCUUCAGAUUGCAAUUUUUUACUGACUACAGGGAAAUAGAUAUAAGUUUAUUAUCUUUUGUGUGUACUUUAGCAGUUUAUGGUGUUUGUGAAGUUAAAGGAACUAGUCACCAACAUUUUGUUUGAAUGAGAAAAUUACAUUAUGUAUUUUUCGGUUUA